AUGGCCUCCAACAGCAUCUUCGACUCCUUCCCCAACUAUACACCGACCUUCAUACGAGAUCCCAGCACCAGCCGCCGCUUCACUCCCCCCUCCACGGCCUUCCCCUGCGGCGGCGGUAAGAUGGGCGAGAACAGCGGCGCGCUGAGCGCGCAGGCUGCGGCGGGCCCCGGCGGCCGCACCCGGCCCGAGGUGCGCUCGAUGGUGGACGUGCUAGCCGACCACGCGGGAGAGCUCGUGCGCACCGACAGCCCCAACUUCCUCUGCUCGGUGCUGCCCUCGCACUGGCGCUGCAACAAGACCCUGCCGGUCGCCUUCAAGGUGGUGGCCCUGGGGGAUGUACCUGAUGGAACGGUGGUGACAGUGAUGGCAGGCAAUGAUGAGAAUUACUCCGCUGAGCUGCGGAAUGCUUCCGCGGUCAUGAAGAACCAAGUGGCCAGAUUCAACGACCUUCGCUUCGUGGGUCGGAGCGGACGAGGGAAGAGUUUCACGCUCACAAUCACCGUGUUCACCAACCCUACCCAAGUGGCCACCUACCACCGAGCCAUCAAGGUCACCGUGGAUGGACCCCGGGAACCCCGACGGCACCGACAGAAGAUAGAAGACCAGACCAAGGCCUUCCCCGACCGCUUCGGAGACCUGCGCAUGCGUGUAACACCAAGCACCCCCAGCCCCCGUGGCUCGCUCAGCACCACAAGCCACUUCAGCAGCCAAGCCCAGACCCCAAUCCAAGGCUCCUCAGACCUGAACCCCUUCUCGGACCCCCGCCAGUUUGACCGCUCCUUCCCUACGCUGCAAAGCCUCACGGAGAGCCGCUUCCCGGACCCCAGGAUGCACUACCCGGGAGCCAUGCCUGCCGCCUUCCCCUACAGCGCCACGCCGUCGGGCACCAGCCUGGGCAGCCUGAGCGUGGCGGGCAUGCCGGCCAGCAGCCGCUUCCACCACACCUACCUCCCGCCGCCCUACCCCGGGGCCCCGCAGAGCCAGAGCGGGCCCUUCCAGGCCAACCCCGCGCCCUACCACCUCUUCUACGGCGCCUCCUCCGGCUCCUACCAGUUCUCCAUGGCGGCUGCGGGCGGUGGCGAGCGCUCGCCCACCCGCAUGCUGACCUCCUGCCCCAGCGGCGCCUCGGUGUCCGCGGGCAACCUCAUGAACCCCAGCCUGGGCCAGGCUGAUGGCGUGGAGGCCGACGGCAGCCACAGCAACUCGCCCACAGCCCUGAGCACGCCGGGCCGUAUGGACGAGGCCGUGUGGCGGCCCUACUGAGCACCCUGGGGACUCGCGGGCCACCCGGACCCGCCCUCCAGCUCCAGGCUGCAGCAAGAAACAUACUUUGGCCUAGUCCCAGGGGCCAGAGCUGGCGACGGCUCCCAGAGCUCUGUCCAGCAACAAGUUUGAACAGAAGAUGUGGGGACUUCCCCCAGGACACUGCCCCAGCCCACACCCACCUCUGUCGUCUCCAGCCAUGCCUAGGAUUAUCUCCUGAGUCAGAGGCUACCCCUGCCCAUGAGGAAGGAGGCCUUUGCUGGCCAGAGAAGCUCAGGCUCAGAGAUGUCCAAACUUCCUCUCUCUCACCCUGCACCCUGGGGACCAGCCGUCCCUCUGCAUCGGUACCCCCCUCAAGCCAACUGGAAACCCCAACCCCUGAGAUGACUUCACUGUAGAGAGGGAGGACCCAGGACACACCCACACCAGUCCCAAACUUGACUUCCCCAUUAUUCCAGGCAAGCGGUCCUUGACCAGUUCUAGCUUACCUGAAGACACCAGGCCCCAGAGCAGACUUGUCCCUGGUGGCAGGUCCCUAAAGGGAGGAAGGCCUCAACACCUCCAAACACAUUCCAGCCUGCAGGGUCAGCUCGGUUCUCAGGGGCAGAGAGGUCCCGGCAGAAAGUCUUACGGUGGGAAGCAAUGGAAUGGUCAGCGUCCUUGUUCACUAGGCUCACUAGUCCAGCCAAGCUGUGCCCCAGGCCUUGCCUCCCCAGGCCUUGCCUCCCCAGGCCUUGCCUCCCCAGGCCUUGCCUCCCAACCUGCAGCCCGACUCCUUAAUGUUUGUACCUAGAAGCAAACAACCUUGAAGCAAAAGAAAAAAGCGACUUCAUCAAGCAUUUUAAAGCAAGGUCUGUGACAGGUGAAGUUCUGCGGAGGUGAAAGGCCCGCCUCUGCUAGUGAGAUAUCAACAGACUCCUGCCACCCUCAGACCUCACAUUCUUCCCAGAAGGGGACCAGGGGCUCCAGAAGGCCUUGUGGAGGCUCUGGUGAGGUGUGCAAUGACAGAGCAGUGUCCAAGCAGAGGUUAGACAAGGCCCCCCUUAGAUCUGGCAGGUGGGAAGGGAGGCCUUGGCCUAGGACUUGGGUCAUGGGGACUGUGGGAGAUUGUCAGUGGGAUAGGUUAAAAGGCUCUUACCAGCGCUGACCCACAGGUGGGUUUUCAAACUGAGUGAGCCACAUCCUCU